UCCUCCUGCCCGACGUCGCCGCCCCGAGAAAUACAAAGCUACCUAGGCAAUGGGGGUGUCCACAAGGGCCCCAGCUCCGAGCAAAUGCCUCGUUUUUCUUUUGACCUGCAGACCACUUCUACAGCCAAUCACCACGGAGACGAUUACUCUGGUGUCCAAAGCACAUGAAACAGAUGCAUCCAUUUGGUCACUUUGCUGUCGACGCCGACCAGGAUUUGCCGCUGUUGCCGCGAUGCUUGAAGCCCCUCAUGUCUACCUAAGUAUGAUGAUAUUGCCGAAAUUGAUCGCCACGUAAAUUGGCACAGCAAUGGAGACAACCCUUCGUCUGGCACUUCCAGCUGUCCGAACGUCUCGAAAGGACAAUAUCGAAGCAAAUUCGUUUCAUUGGCUAGCGCUGAGCUGCCCGGCCAGCCGCGGCACAGAACGCAGAAUUCCAGCCAAGAAUGAGAACGCUUCCGAAAACUGGCCCACAAUACGGAGGAAGAAUCGCAAUUGUCCCACCUCCCACUGCGUGCCGGAGCCUUGCAUGUGCUGGACGGAUUCCGACUUUUUCGCGAAAACAACACUUUAGGAUCCGGGCCCAGAUUUAGUUAACGAGUAUUCUUGUCCCAGCCAGAUUUGUUCCCAGCGGGCCAUACGCCACCAUGGGCAGCAUCAAGCGUACCAAAACGAAAAGGAGGACUCGUGACCUCGAUCAGGUCAAGGCCGAUCUGAAGUCACCCAAGCACCUUGCCCAACACAAAAACACGAAAGCCUCCGAAGACCUACCUGGCUUAGGCGCCUUCUACUGCGUCGAGUGUUCCAAAUACUUUAGCGAUAGUCAUAACCUGAACGAGCAUCGACGAGGGAAGAAUCACAAGAGAAGAAUACGAAUGCUCAAAGACGAAGCGCAUACGCAAAAGAUGGCAGAUGCAGCAGUGGGCUUGAGCACAGAAACCCGACGCAACCAGCACGAGCGGGAUAAUGAGAUGUUGAUGGAUGUCUGAUGUCGUAUAUGAUUCGACCUGAAAAAAAGUUCCGACAGACCCAUGCGAGAAAUCAAGAGUCUCCCACAAGAUAAAACGACAGGACAUCCAAGCGAUAGCAACAUCAUCACAAGUCUCAUCAACGUUCCGUCAUACAAGGUCAAAAUUGCCGAUGGGCUUGAGCAUACCACUAGCCUUGAAACGGCUGUCAUCCAGACUUUGCGAAAACAGCCAUGAUCUUUUCAUAAGCAUACCACUGACCCCCCAUGUCAGUGCUGCGUGAGACUUGGAAGAGAUAAGACCUACCUGGACAGCAUUCACAAUAAAUGCUCUCAAACUGCAGAUACCAAUACCGCGGUAGAAGCCUGCAACACCAGAGCUUUGCCAGAUCUCUCGAGCCAGAUCCACAGAGGUUCGUAUAUGCCGGGCAUUUGCAUGUCCUCCCGGGAGAAGACUUUGUCUCUCUGGCUGCCAGGCGGGCUGAGUCUGAAGGCGAGUCUUGACAACAUCUAAAGGAUAGAUAGACACCCAGGUUAUGACACCAGCAAUACCUCCGCUUAUCAGCACGUCUGCAGCUGUAGGAGGAAGAAAAGGAUCUGGCUGUCUCGAAAGCAUCAUGCGCUUGCUUAACUCAUAAGACCAAAAAUACCAACCGUACCUAGCACUCCGUAAGCUGGGCAUUCUUCAUAGGUUCAAUUAAUGGAGAAUCGGGCUCGAAA